CCGCCGAGCCGGCUGCAGGUCCGCCUCCGCCGCGCCGAGGGCGUGGGCUCCCGGCUCCCGGAAGAGGCGGCCGCGGCGUGGAGCCGAGCGGGCGUCGAUCCCCGAAGCGGCAAUGCGCGGUGGCCGGAGGCUGUGACUUGAGCGCGGCGGCCCGGUUGGGGCCGCUGAUUGGCGCCUCGUUGAGGCGGUGGCUCUGGCUCUGGCUCCUCCAGGCGUAGCGUGGCGGCGGCCGAGGUGAUGCUGCUCAAGCUCCUGCAGAGACAGACCUAUACCUGCCUGUCCCACAGGUAUGGGCUCUACGUCUGUUUCGUGGGCGUCGUUGUCACCAUCGUCUCCGCUUUCCAGUUCGGAGAGGUGGUCCUGGAAUGGAGCAGGGAUCAAUACCACGUUUUGUUUGAUUCCUACAGAGACAAUAUUGCUGGAAAGUCCUUUCAGAAUCGGCUCUGUCUGCCCAUGCCGAUCGACGUGGUGUAUACCUGGGUGAAUGGCACUGACCUUGAACUGCUGAAGGAACUCCAGCAAGUCAGGGAACAGAUGGAAGAGGAGCAGAAGGCAAUGAGAGAAAUCCUUGGCAAGAACACAACAGAACCAACUAAGAAGAGUGAGAAGCAGCUGGAAUGUUUGCUGACACACUGCAUUAAGGUGCCAAUGCUUGUCCUGGACCCAGCCCUGCCGGCCAACGUUACACUGAAGGACCUACCAUCUCUUUACCCUUCUUUUCAUUCUGCCAGCGACAUAUUCAAUGUUGCAAAACCUAAAAACCCUUCCACUAAUGUUUCAGUUGUUGUUUUCGACAGUACUAAGAAUGUUGAAGAUGCCCACACUGAAAUGUUCAAGGGAAACAGCAAGCAGACAGUUUGGAGAGGCUAUUUGACAACAGAUAAAGAAGUCCCUGGGCUAGUGCUAAUGCAAGACUUGGCUUUCCUGAGUGGGUUUCCACCAACAUUCAAGGAAACAAACCAACUAAGAACGAAAUUGCCAGAAAAUCUUUCUUCUAAAAUAAAACUGUUGCAGCUGUACUCAGAGGCCAGUGUAGCACUUCUGAAAUUGAACAACCCCAGAGAGUUCCAAGAACUGAGUAAGCAGACCAAGAAGAACAUGACCAUUGAUGGGAAAGAACUGACCAUAAGUCCUGCGUAUUUGUUAUGGGAUCUGAGCGCCAUCAGCCAGUCUAAGCAGGAUGAAGAUGUUUCUGCCAGCCGUUUUGAAGAUAAUGAAGAGCUGAGAUACUCACUGAGAUCUAUUGAGAGGCAUGCACCGUGGGUUCGGAAUAUUUUCAUUGUCACCAAUGGGCAGAUUCCGUCCUGGCUGAACCUUGAUAAUCCUCGAGUAACAAUAGUAACACACCAGGAUGUUUUUCGAAACUUGAGCCACUUGCCUACCUUUAGUUCACCAGCUAUUGAAAGUCACAUUCAUCGCAUCAAAGGACUGUCCCAGAAGUUUAUUUACCUGAAUGACGAUGUCAUGUUUGGGAAGGAUGUGUGGCCAGAUGAUUUUUAUAGUCACUCCAAAGGUCAGAAGGUUUACCUGACGUGGCCUGUGCCGAACUGUGCCGAGGGCUGCCCGGGCUCCUGGAUCAAGGACGGCUACUGUGACAAGGCCUGUAACAAUUCAGCCUGUGAUUGGGAUGGCGGUGAUUGCUCCGGUAACAGCGCAGGGAGCCGCUAUGGUGCAGGAGGCGGGGGAACCGGCAGUAUUGGAGUUGGACAGCCCUGGCAGUUUGGAGGAGGAAUAAACAGUGUCUCUUACUGUAAUCAAGGAUGCGCAAACUCCUGGCUCGCUGAUAAGUUCUGUGACCAAGCCUGCAAUGUCUUGUCCUGUGGAUUUGAUGCUGGUGACUGUGGGCAAGAUCAUUUUCACGAAUUAUAUAAAGUGACUCUUCUCCCAAACCAGACUCACUAUGUUAUUCCAAAAGGUGAAUGCCUGCCUUAUUUCAGCUUUGCAGAAAUAGCCAAAAGGGGAAUCGAAGGCGCCUAUAGUGACAACCCAAUAAUUCGACACGCUUCUAUAGCCAAUAAGUGGAAAACCAUCCACCUCAUAAUGCACAGCGGAAUGAAUGCAACCACCAUACAUUUUAAUCUCACACUUCAAAGUAAAAACGACAAAGAGUUCAAAAUCCAGAUAGCAGUCGAGGUUGACACAAGAGAGGAACCGAAACUGAAUUCUACGACCCAGAGGUCCUACCAAGCUUUGGUUAGCCCCGUAACACUUCUUCCGGAGGUGGAAAUCCCAUUUGAGGAUAUUCCCGAAGAAAGACGCUCCCCAAAGAUUAAGAGACGUGAUGUUAAUACAACAGGGAGGCCCCAAGAGGAGGUGGAAAUUCCCCUGGUAAAUAUUUCACUCCUUCCAAAAGAGGCCCAGCGGCAUCUCAAGAACUUGGAUUUGCAACUAGAACGUGGAGACAUCACUAUGAAAGGAUACAACCUGUCCAAGUCAGCGAUGCUGAAGUCGUUUCUGGUAAACUCACAGCAUGCCGGAGUAAAAAUAAACCAAGCUAUCGUAACAGAUGCAAGAAGUGAGAAUUUGGAGGCCCCACUGGUAAAACAGCUUCACAAAAGCACCUUGCCGAACAGCUUAGGAGCGCCUGAAGGAUUACAGAGGUCCACUUUUCCAGGAGGGACGGUAAAAGUGAAUGGCCACUACCGGCGUCAGACUCUGCCACUGGCCGCGGAAACCAAAGAAAGCUCUAGAUCUGAAACUCAGACCCAAAAAAGAGGAGGCAGAAAUGUGUCAAAAGAAGAGCUCUCUUCUCUGAUUGUUCCACUGAAAAGACAUGCGCCGAGAGAAAAGCCAAUCAUGGGGAAAGAACAAGAGAAAAACAGAAUGGAGGACCGUGCUAAAAAUCACUUAUAUGGUAAUGAAGUAUUACCUGGAAGAAAACUACAGCAUUACACAGACAGUUACCCAGGGUUUUUGCCAUGGGAGAAAAAAAAGUAUUUUCAAGAUCUUCUUGAUGAAGAAGAGUCAUUGAAAACCCAACUGGCAUACUUUACUGACAGCAAACAUACUGGCAGGCAACUAAAAGAUACAUUUGCAGACUCCCUCCGAUAUGUAAACAAAAUUCUAAACAGCAAGUUCGGAUUCACAUCUAGGAAAGUCCCUGCCCACAUGCCUCACAUGAUCGACCGAAUAGUUAUGCAAGAACUGCAAGACAUGUUCCCUGAAGAAUUUGACAAGACAUCAUUUCACAAAGUGCGCCACUCUGAGGAUAUGCAGUUUGCCUUCUCUUAUUUUUAUUACCUCAUGAGUGCAGUUCAGCCACUGAAUAUAUCUCAAGUUUUUGAUGAAGUUGAUACUGACCAGUCUGGUGUCCUAUCUGACAGAGAAAUCCGAACACUAGCUACCAGAAUUCAUGACCUGCCUUUAAGUUUGCAGGAUUUAACGGGUCUGGAGCACAUGUUAAUAAAUUGCUCAAAAAUGCUUCCUGCUAACAUCACUCAGCUCAGCAACAUUCCACCAACUCAGGAAGCAUACUAUGACCCCAAUCUGCCACCCGUCACUAAAAGUCUAGUAACCAACUGUAAACCAGUAACUGAUAAAAUCCACAAAGCGUAUAAAGACAAAAACAAAUAUAGGUUUGAAAUCAUGGGAGAAGAAGAAAUUGCUUUUAAAAUGAUUCGUACCAAUGUUUCUCAUGUGGUUGGCCAAUUGGAUGAUAUAAGAAAAAAUCCCAGGAAGUUUGUUUGCCUGAAUGACAACAUUGACCAUAAUCAUAAAGAUGCCCAGACAGUAAAAGCUGUUCUCAGGGACUUCUAUGAAUCCAUGUUCCCUGUACCAUCCCAGUUCGAGCUACCCAGAGAGUACAGAAACCGUUUUCUGCAUAUGCAUGAACUGCAGGAAUGGAGAGCAUAUCGAGACAAGUUGAAGUUUUGGACUCAUUGUGUACUAGCAACUUUGAUUAUGUUCACUGUAUUCUCAUUUUUUGCUGAACAGUUAAUCGCACUUAAGCGGAAGAUAUUUCCCCGAAGAAGGCUACAGAAAGAAGCAAGUCCCGAUCGGAUCAGGGUAUAGAAGAUCUUCAUUUGAAAAUGAUCUACCUCGGCAUUCACUGAGCAUUUGAAAGCUUGACAUCGCAGAGAUGUCUUCAUGAUGUGAUGCUUGGCCAGCUUGGCCCAGAGAAGGAAAAACAUCCAGUACAAUACUCGUUGUGUGGCGUGAAUAUAGCCUCCUGACCAGGGAUUAUUUAACCAACACACUAAAAACUUGUGUGGUGAAUAGUUCUGAACUGGUUUUACCUUUAAAGUAUUUGCUCGUGGACUUGUCAUUCUUUUCAUGAAAAGGCUCACUGACAAGAGACAGCUGCCACGUUCCCACGGCAACCAUUGCCAACUAACUUUAAUGUGGGAAGCCCAGGCCAGCUUGGGAUUGUGGAGAGACCCCGAUGUUGCAUUCCAAAGCCUUUUGCUAUGGUUUUACAUUUUUGGUCUUUUGUUUUUUCUUUUCUUCCACUUCUCAUUUUUAAAAUAGGUAGCUACUAAGUUAACUAGUUAUUAAAUAAUGAAUUGGAAUGUCUAAACAUGUUUUUAUAGAUAUUUAAAUAAUGCAGCAAUAUCACCUAUUGGCAAUAUCUAAAUUAUGAAUUUUAUUAAUGUUUAAGGCUCUUAAGUGGGCUUAAAUAACUUAUAACUACUGAGAAGCUCAGUGACUGACAUCUUAAAUACUUUGUACUUGUUUACUUUAGCCCCUAAGAAUACUGUGACUUUAUAUGAUAGCCUAAUUGCAAAGGGCUAGAGUUAAGUAGCAGAGCUACUUUUCAGAUGUAAUUAAUUAUGUUUUGGAAAUGUACAUAGACAAACAGAAGUGCCUCAUUUUAGAAAUGAGUCCUGCUGAUGGUACUGGCACCUUACAGUGUUGUCUUUUUUUUAUACCCAUCAGUAUAUUCCAAUCGGUUUCAUAAAUGCAGGGAUCAGCAAACUUUUCCUGUAAAAAGCCACGUAGUGAGUUAUUUGCAGGCCACACCUGUCUCUGUUACAUUUACUUCUUUAUUGUUUAGUCAGUUUAAAACAUUUUUUUAACCUUUAAAAAUGGCAAAACCAUAUUUCGCUUAUAGCUGUAUGAAAACAGGCCACCCGCUGGAUUUGGCCUGCAGGCUGUUGUUGACUGAUGAUCGGGAUAGAAAAUUUGUAUUUAUGUAUGACAUUCAGCCAUAUUUUAUUUAUAUCAUUGUGCAGUAGAUUUCUGGAGACCAGAUUCCAUGAGUCCUCUUUGAACUCUGACAAGUAUUUAGAUCAGGAUCUCAACAGUAUUCUUUCAAAAUGGCACACAUAUUUUGUAAAAAAGAACUUGUGAUGUAAAUAUUGUGUUUGUGCUGUAAGAAUUAUGUAUUUCAAAAACUGAAGUCUCCCAACAACCUACAUUUUGUCUAA